AUGCCGCAGGAGACGACACCUCUCCUACCUCAAGCCAACGUCGCGCCACGUAGAGAUCCCAAGCGCGCCCUCAACUAUGUCCUAUUACUCUUGUUGGGAGUAGGUCUCGGCGCCGGCGCUGUGAUGGGAUGGCAGCAUCGGCCGGGGUUGAACGACAACGAACCCAUGGUUCCACCAAUCUACAAGCUCCCACCCCCCACAGGCCUCCCCCGCAAUCCGGCAUACCUCAUCGGGCCCAGCCGCGCCGCCGUCGCCAGCGAAGACAAGACGUGCUCCGAGAUGGGCCUCGACAUUCUGCACAAGCACAACGGCACGGCCGUCGACGCAGCCAUCACCACGACCCUCUGCAUUGGACUCCUGAACGCCUUCUCCUCCGGUAUUGGUGGAGGCGGCUUUGCGCUCGUCUCCGUCCCGCCAAACUCUGAAUUCGGUCAACCUGGAGUAACCUCGAUCGACUUCCGCGAGACCUCUCCCGCAGCAAGCAGUGCCGAGAUGUACUCCAAGCUUGGACGGACGGCAUCGCAGGUCGGCGGGCUGGCCGUCGGCGUACCUGGCGAAUUGCGGGGUCUUGAAGCGGCCCAUAAGUUGUACGGCAAACUGCCGUGGCAUGAGCUGGUCGAGCCAGUCGCUGAACUUGCGCGCAGUGGGUGGCAGGUGAGCCGCGAACUCGCCCGUCGCCUUCGUGUAUUUGGCCGCUUUAUCCUCAAGGAUGAGGUGUGGGCGGCGGUGUAUGCUCCCCGUGGUGAAUUGCUCGUUGAAGGCGACUGGAUCAGUCGCCCAACUUACGCGCGUACCCUUUCCGCCAUUGCCAAGCAAGGUCCAAGCGCACUCUACUCGGGCCCGAUCGCCGACGACAUUGUUUCCACCGUACAGGCCGACGGCGGGAUCCUCACACAUGAUGAUUUGGCAGGAUACAAAUCGCACAGCUACCCAGCCAUCAGCGGACCAUUUAGGGGCCGUACCGUGUAUACGGCCGACGCGCCUGCUUCGGGAGGCGUCAUGCUCGGCAUGUUACAGAUCAUGGACCCACUGCUAAAGGGUCUUUCCGGCGACGAAUGUUUUGCCGAGGAACAGAGCCACCAAUUGAUCGAAGCGAUGAAGUUUGCUUUCGGUGCCCGCUCCGAAAUCUGUGACCCUCGAUUCGCAACCAACCUCACACGUCUAGCAGAGUUCCGUACGCCCCAAUGGGCCGCCACCCAACGCGCCAGAAUCACAAACCAUACCCAUGAACCAGCUUAUUACGGCCUCGAGACGGAACCUAUCACCGAUAGCGGGACGACCCACCUGUCGAUCUUGGACCAGUGGGGCGGUGCCGCUAGUGUCACAUCCACAAUCAACCUCAUUUGGGGGUCACAUGUCAUGUGUCCCGAGACGGGGAUCAUUCUCAAUGACGAACAGGACGACUUUGCUGUUCCGGGAUUGCCUGAUGCUUUUGGACUUCCCCCAAGUCCUUACAAUUACCCGGCGCCAGGUAAACGUCCUCUGUCAUCGACCGCGCCUACCAUCGUCCACGACCCAGAGGGUAAGGUGGUUGGCGUGUUUGGCGGGAGCGGGGGGAGCCGUAUCUUCCCCGCUGUCGCUAUGGUUCUCCUCAACCUCGCGUGUGGCGAUAAUGUCAGCGCGGCUGUCGAGAGACGCCGCCUGCACGACCAGAUCCUUCCCCACAUUACUACCCUCGAAGUCGGGCCUGAUGGUGUCGAUAUGGACUGGCUCGCCGCGCUCACCAAGCGCGGACACAAGAUCGGCCAGUUCGAUAUCAACGUCGGCGCGAGCGAGGUACAGGCCGUCAUUGUUGACAAGAAGGGUGUUUGGGCGGCCAGCGAUAGUAGGAAGAACGGCAUUGCGGCCGGAUACUAG